UCACUGGGGCUUUAUCUGCUUCAGGAAGCACAUGUUUUUUCUUCAAUUUCCGAAAACUAAAUUUUUAUCAGUUGCUAUCUAAGCUUCAACAAAUUUGAUUUUCAGUACUUUAAACAAGAUUAACAAUAUGAUGGCAAACAGCUGUGGUUACAUCAUUUGGCUACGACGCAGUCAGAAUCUCCUCCGACUCUCCCAGUUGCAAGAAAACAUGAUCAGCGGAACUCACAGGACUCACAGUGUGCGCAACUACAAGGUGACUGUGGUGGGUGCAGCCGGUGGCAUUGGACAGCCAUUGUCAUUGCUACUGAAGCAGAAUCCAUUGAUCAAGGAGUUGUCCCUGCAUGAUCGAACGAACGUCAAGGGCGUCAACAUGGACUUGUCGCACAUCUGCACCGCCACGAAAGUGGAGAGCUUUCAGGGCGAGGACCCUAAGUCCCUAGUGGAUGCGCUGCACGAUUCGAACAUCGUCGUGGUGCCAGCCGGCAUGCCACGCAAGCCGGAUAUGACACGUGACCAGCUGCUCGGUGCCAAUGGAGAGGUGGCCAUAUCUGUCUCGCGUGCCAUGUGCGCUGCUUGCCCCAAGGCGCUGGUCGCCUACAUCACCAAUCCCCUCAACACUGUUGUACCCAUUGCGGCCGAAACGAUGAAGUCCCUUGGCUGCUAUGAUCCCAAACGCAUGUUUGGCGUAACCACGCUGGACAUUGUGCGCGCCCGCACAUUCCUUGCCCAACGCUUGAAGCUCGAUCCUGCCGAAGUCAAUAUACCGGUGAUCGGUGGUCAUGCCGGUAUUACCAUAUUGCCGCUGCUCUCACUGUGUAGCCCCAAAUUGUGCGCCACUCCGGAUGAGUGGAAGGCACUGACACAUCGCAUACAGGAGGCUGGUACCGAGGUGGUCAAGGCCAAGGCAGGCGGAGGCUCCGCUACUCUCUCCAUGGCUUAUGCUGCGGCACACUUUGUUAACUCUUUGCUGCGUGGCCUCAAGGGCGAAGCGGGUGUGGUCGAGUGCAGCUAUGUGGCCUCGGAUGUGACUGAGGCGGCAUUCUUUUCCACACCCUUAGAGCUGGGUCCUGAGGGUAUCAAAAAGAAUCUUGGUCUACCGAAAAUGUCCGACGAUGAGAAGGAGCAACUUAAGAAAAUGAUGCCAGAGUUGAAGUCGAGUAUUGCUGCUGGCAUCGAUUUCGCUCAGGAAGCCAUCUGUUGUGCCAAGAUAGCCGAAGCCGAAGCUAAAGCCAAGGCAUUGCAGAAGAAGAAUGAUAAAUGCAAAAAAGAAAUAGGAAUACAGCCCCAUUCAUAAAGCACAUCUAGGAGAGAUUUAUAUUCAUACUAUGCUGAAUGGGUCAUAAUGCUGAGCUGUUGAUAAGAGAGCGUCUGCUUAACCCCGAACUGAUUGUCGAUGCUGUAUUUACAGCUGCAUUGUGCAAUGUCAACCCAUUCAUCACGUAUUUACUUCCGGCAAUACUAGCUGCUGAUCAACAGAUUGGAAAACUAGAAAACAUAUUUAAAUUCAAAUUCACAAUUUAUACGCCUCAGGUCGAUCAACCUAUGUACUCCCCCCAUUUCGGAAUUCAUUCGUAGUCAAGGGCGACGACAUUGUAAUGUAGAAACCAGAACAACAAGUAAUAUUACGUAAAGGAAUUCUUGGAAAUAUUCACACCGGAAAAUUCCCCAAAAGCAGACCCAGACUUAGUAAUUGCAGUUAAUUGAAAUUUAUUCUUUGUUGAACAUUCGCAAAACUAAUAAAUUAUAGAGUAUGCUGGAAAA